AUGAUCACCUCGCAACUCAAAUCGGUGUUCGAGCAGCUCAGGGAACGUCGCAAGACCAGUGGAGGCGUCCUGGAUCUCCUGGACGAGGUGUUGCGUCUAGCCGAGAGGUUCGAGAGGAAAUGGGAUGCACACAUUGCGAACAACAAGCUUGCGCAGCGAGAUGCCGGUAUCUUCAAGCGUUUCUUUGGGACUUGGGAGGAUCUGGACACGAUGAUCACAACGUCGCUCGACGACGCUCGCAGCUACCUCCGCCGGGCAAACAAGGAGAGUCCUGACGUUGUAGCUGCCAUGGUCAGGAUCGAGACUAUAUGGGAGAGCCUCAAGGCUUUGCACGAGCGAGUUCACGAGGAGAUCGAGAAGCUUCGCGGAGUGAAUCUUAUGUGA